AUGAGUGAAGGACGAUGGGUCUCUCUCUCCUCAGAAGAAUUUGAUCAACUCCAGAAAUAUGCUGAAUAUUCCUCCAAGAAAAUAAAAGAUGUGCUGACUGAAUUUAAUGAAGGUGGAAGCCUCAAGCAAUGUGACACACACAAGCCCAUUAGCUAUGAUGUCUUCAAGCUGUUCAUGAGGGCAUACCUGGAGGUGGACCUUCCUCUGCCACUGAGCACACACCUCUUCCUGGCCUUCAGCCAGAAGCCCAGACAGGCGACACCUGACCACCCAAAGGAGGGGGCCAGCAGUAGUGAGCCCAAUGUCUCAGAUUGUAAUGCGGAUAAUGCUGCCAAAGCAGAUGAGGCCUGCGCUCCGGACACGGAGUCAAAGACGGCCAAGACACAAGCGCCGCCUAAAGACCUAGAGACCGUGGCCCCAUGGGAGGAUCCUGAUGCUCUGUCUUCAAGCCCAGAUGCUCCCGUGGUGUACCUGAAGGAUAUCGUGUGUUACUUGUCCCUGCUGGAGACGGGGAGACCUCAGGAUAAGCUGGAAUUCAUGUUUCGUCUCUAUGACUCUGAUGAGAACGGACUCCUGGACCAAGCGGAGAUGGAUCAGAUUGUGAACCAAAUGCUACAUAUCGCGCAGUACCUGGAGUGGGAUCCCACGGAGCUCAGGCCUAUCCUGAAGGAGAUGUUGCAAGGAAUGGACUACGACAAGGAUGGCUUUGUGUCUCUACAGGAGUGGGUCCAGGGGGGGAUGACCACCAUCCCAUUGCUGGUCCUCCUGGGAAUGGACGACGCUGGCUCCAUGGGGGACGGAAGGCAUGCCUGGACCCUGAAGCAUUUCAAGAAGCCCACGUACUGCAACUUCUGCCACAUCAUGCUGAUGGGAGUCCGGAAGCAAGGCUUGAGCUGCAUUUACUGUAAAUACACUGUCCACCAGCGCUGUGUAUCCAAGAACAUUCCUGGAUGUGUGAAAACAUACUCAAAAGCCAAAAGGAGUGGCGAGGUGAUGCAGCACGCGUGGGUGGAAGGGAACUCCUCCGUCAAGUGUGACCGGUGCCACAAAAGUAUCAAGUGCUACCAGAGUGUCACCGCGCGGCACUGCGUGUGGUGCCGGAUGACGUUUCACCGCAGAUGUGAAUUUUCGGCGGUGUGUGAUGGUGGGGAGCUCAAAGACCACAUUCUGCUGCCUACUGCCAUAUACCCCAUCACCCAAGACAGGCAAGGAGGGAAGUCCGACGGCAGCAUGGCCUCCAAGGGUGAACUUGUAACACAGUAUAAGAUCAUCCCUAGUCCAGGAACUCACCCCCUGCUGGUCUUGGUGAACCCCAAAAGUGGAGGGAGACAAGGAGAAAGAAUUCUCCGGAAAUUCCACUACCUGCUCAACCCCAAACAAGUUUUCAACCUGGACAAUGGCGGACCCACUCCAGGACUGAACUUUUUCCAUGACACCCCAGACUUCCGUGUUCUUGCCUGUGGUGGAGAUGGGACAGUUGGCUGGAUUUUGGAUUGCAUUGAUAAGGCCAACUUCACAAAGCAUCCACCAGUGGCUGUCCUGCCUCUUGGAACGGGGAAUGACCUUGCACGAUGUCUCCGCUGGGGAGGAGGUUAUGAGGGGGGAAGCUUGACGAAAAUCCUGAAGGAGAUUGAACAGAGCCCCUUGGUGAUGCUGGACCGCUGGUAUCUAGAAGUCACCCCCAGAGAAGAGGUGGAGAGUGGAGACCAGGUCCCAUACAACAUCAUGAACAACUACUUCUCCAUUGGUGUGGAUGCUUCCAUUGCCCAUAGAUUCCACAUGAUGAGAGAGAAACACCCUGAAAAAUUCAACAGCAGGAUGAAGAACAAGCUGUGGUAUUUUGAAUUUGGCACCUCGGAGACCUUUGCAGCCACCUGCAAGAAGCUUCAUGACCACAUAGAGCUGGAGUGUGAUGGAGUUAGGGUGGACCUGAGCAAUAUCUUCCUGGAAGGCAUUGCCAUUCUGAACAUUCCCAGCAUGUACGGAGGCACCAAUCUCUGGGGAGAAACCAAGAAGAACCGGGCUGUGAUCCGGGAAAGCAGGAGGAGCAUCAUAGACCCAAAGGAGCUGAAAUGUUGUGUCCAAGACCUCAGCGACCAGCUCCUUGAAGUUGUGGGUCUAGAGGGAGCCAUGGAAAUGGGACAGAUCUAUACUGGCCUGAAGAGUGCAGGCAGGAGGCUGGCCCAGUGCUCCUCUGUCAUCAUUAGGACUAACAAGCUUCUGCCAAUGCAAGUAGAUGGAGAGCCCUGGAUGCAGCCGCGUUGCACGAUUAAAAUCACUCACAAAAACCAGGCACCUAUGAUGAUGGGGCCUCCCCAGAAGAGCAGCUUCUUUUCAUUGCGGAGGAAAAGCCGUUCAAAAGACUAA